AUGCUCAGUACCAUACGUAUACUUAAACAAGCAAAGGCAGUAUGCCCACGUCGACUUUUGGCUACGGCGGCAACGCCUACUCCAACCUAUCAAACAUCAAUCUUGUCUAAUGGGUUGACGGUGGCAAGCGAAUCAAUGCCUGGAACAAAGACUGCUACCGUCGGAGUGUGGAUAAAUGCAGGGUCAAGAGCAGACAAUCCCAAAUCUAGUGGUACUGCCCAUUUUUUAGAGCAUUUGGCUUUUAAAGGAACAAAUCGAAGAACUCAGUUGAAUUUGGAAUUGGAGAUUGAAAAUUUGGGCUCCCAGAUAAAUGCCUACACAUCGCGAGAGAACACCGUGUACUAUACCAAGUGUCUAGCUGAAGAUUUAAAUCAGAAUGUCGAUAUAUUGAGUGACUUGUUGACGAAAUCAAAAUUAGAAGAGAGAGCAAUAGAAAACGAAAGAUAUGUCAUUUUACAAGAAAGUGAUGAGGUUGACAAAAUGUACGACGAGGUGGUUUUUGACCAUUUGCAUUCUGUUGCUUUUAAAAAUCAGGAUUUAGGAAGAACAAUUUUGGGUCCACGGGAUUUGAUUAAAACAAUAAAUAGGCAGGAUUUGAGAAAUUACAUCACCACGAAUUAUAAAGGUGACAGAAUGGCCUUGAUUGGAGUUGGGUGCGUUCAACAUGAAGAUCUCGUCAAGUUGGGAGAAAAGUAUUUCAGCAAUAUAAAAAAGAGUGAUAAGCCGUUUAAACAAAGUGGUGAUGAUUUGCCAAUUUUCUACGGCGACGAAAUCAGAGUGCAAGAUAAUGCAAUGCCAACCACCCAUGUUGCAUUGGCCGUUGAAGGUGUAAGCUGGUCAGCUCCUGAUUUCUUUGUUGCUUCUGUGGCUAAUGGUAUAAUAGGAACUUGGGAUAGGUCCAUCGGUGUUGGGUCAAAUUCACCUUCUCCUUUAGCUGUAACUGCUGCAACUGGGGGGGCCAACAAAACGCCCAUUGCUAACUCGUAUAUGGCUUACACUACUUCAUAUGCAGAUACCGGUUUGCUAGGUGUCUACUUUACUGCCGACAGCACGGCAGAUUUGCGUAUAUUGGUCGAUGCUAUUCAAAAAGAAUGGGGUAGGCUAAGUUUGGGAAACGUCACCGACGAAGAAGUGGAGAGAGCCAAGGCACAACUCAAGGCUUCGCUCUUGCUUGCAUUGGACGAUUCUACAGCAAUUGCGGAAGAUAUCGGACGGCAAGUGGUCAACACGGGAUAUAGAUUAUCACCAGAAGACGUUUUCGCUAGAGUGGAAUCGAUUACCAAGGAUGACGUGGUGAACUGGGCCAACUAUAGAUUGAAGAAUAAGCCUGUAGCAUUGGCGGCUGUUGGUAAUGUUCAAACCUUACCUUCGAUUUCGGAUAUACAUAAAGGUAUGGACUUUAAAUAG